GCGGGCAAACUGGUUUCGUUUCGCGGGGGCUUGCAUCGUUGCACCGCUCUCUCGGCGACAGUCCAAUUUAUGCAUCACACGGCUAUGUAGGCACCACACGAGAGAGCAGGAUUAUUACCCAAAAAACACCACUGCUGUGCCCUGGACUUUGUGCCACACUUAUAUAUCAUAUAUAUAUAUAUAUACACUGCAAUAUAUAUCAACAAUCAGUACGUUUUCAAAGUGCCUGGAUAUAAAAUAUAAAUAAUAUAAAAAAAUAUUAUUACUCACCAUUUGGACGCCACACACGUACAAGAGGAUUUUUAAAAUCAAGUUAUCUUCGAAAAUUAAUCAUCGUCAUUGUUCAUCACAAACUCUCAAGUAAAAGACAAAAAAUUUAACCGUUUGUUUUUUUUUGUUUUGUAAAAUUUAAAUCAUCGACGUGCCAGUGAAUAAUUAUUCAACGACUGGAUAUUAUCAACAUACAAAGUGUUUUUUUUUUAUUUUUGUUAAUUUUUAUUAUUUUUGGUGACUCGUGACGCAAAAAGUUAUCGGGACAAAAGUUUUGAGGACAAGAGUUUUUUUUUUAAAUUAUCUCAAGUGUUAUUUAUUUAAUUUUUGUUUUUUUUUGUUCUCAAUUAUCAAUUAAAGUACUGUGGCUCGUCGAACGUGUUAAUAUGUACCGCACACAGCGGAUAAUACUUGAAAUUUCGUGACUAUCAUCAACGUGCAUUGCAGUGUGUUGAUUUGGGUGCUCUGCUCCGCCAAAAAUCAAAUAACAAAAAAAUAAUUUUAAAAAACUGGAAAGAAAAUUUUUUUAUCAAUUUUGAAAUAUUAAAUUUAUAAAAAAAAUAAUAAUUAAUCAGCUAUGGCCGAGGGAAAUGGGGAACUCAAAAUGGAAGAAAAGCAGUCCAAGGAGGAAAUGGAGUACGUCGAAAGAACGGAGGAUUAUGCUAAACUGAUACAGUAUGGACUCGAUGAAAAAGUGGCUGCUAAAUUAGACGAAAUUUACAAAACUGGUAAACUCGCCCAUGUUGAUCUCGACGAGAGAGCCCUGGAUGCCCUGAGGGAAUUUCCUGUUGACGGAGCGUUAAAUGUUCUCACGCAAUUUUUGGAAUCUAAUUUGGAACAUGUGUCCAACAAAUCGGCGUAUCUUUGUGGAGUUAUGAAGACCUACAGACAAAAAAGCAGGGCAGGACAGGGAACGGGCACUAGUACAACGCCCAAAGCUCCGGAUGAAGACAAAAUUAAAAUGAUACUCGAGAGAACCGGAUAUCCACUCGAUGUGACCACUGGACAACGAAAAUACGGUGGCCCGCCUCCAAAUUGGGAGGGCCCGACUCCAGGAAACGGUUGUGAGGUAUUUUGUGGGAAGAUACCUAAAGACAUGUACGAAGACGAAUUAAUUCCUUUGUUUGAAAAAUGCGGUAAAAUAUGGGAUUUGAGGCUUAUGAUGGAUCCCAUGUCUGGUACCAACAGAGGAUAUGCUUUUAUUACAUUUACAAACCGAGAAGCCGCACAACAAGCUGUCAGAGAGCUCGAUAAUUACGAAAUAAAACCCGGCAAGAGUCUGAAAGUAAACAUUAGCGUUCCUAAUCUACGACUUUUCGUCGGGAACAUACCAAAGUCAAAAGGCAAAGAGGAGAUCUUGGAGGAAUUUGGUAAUUUAACAGCCGGCUUGACCGAGGUGAUUAUCUACAGCUCGCCAGAUGACAAAAAGAAGAAUAGGGGAUUCUGUUUUUUGGAAUAUGAAUCCCAUAAAGCAGCUUCUCUGGCGAAAAGAAGACUCAGCACAGGUCGUAUCAAGGUCUGGGGCUGUGAUAUUAUAGUUGACUGGGCUGAUCCUCAAGAGGAACCGGAUGAACAAACUAUGGCUAAAGUAAGAGUACUGUACGUAAGGAACCUGACGCAAGAUUGUACUGAAGAAAAAUUGAAAGAAUGUUUCGAGCAGUACGGUAAAAUCGACAGGGUAAAGAAGAUCAAGGACUACGCAUUUGUACAUUUCGAAGAUAGAGAUAAUGCAGUGAAGGCUAUGCGGGAACUUAAUGGUAAGGAAAUAUGUGGCUCUCACAUAGAAGUAGCAUUGGCAAAACCACCAUUUGAUAAAAAGAAAAAAGAAGACAUGUUACGAGCUCGGGAAAGAAGAAUGAUGCAAAUGUUACAAGGCCGUGGAGGAGGCUCCCCAUCGCAUCCCAGUAUGAUAAGCGGACCAAUGCCAGUACGAGGAACUGGACAAAGUGGCGGUCCCCGAGGCUCUUCGGGCAGCAUGAGACCACCAAUGGGUCGCGGUGAUUACACUCUCAAGGAAAUAGAUUAUGAUUACGACUAUUACGGUUAUGGGGAUUAUCGAGGUGGCUACAGUGAUCCAUAUUACGAUGACUAUUAUCGAUACGAAGAUUACUAUUUCGAUUAUGCGCCGCCUCCGCCGCCUGCCAGAGGGAGGGGCAGGCAGCCUCAACCGGCUGGUCGUGGCCGUGGACAGGUGGCCCGUGGCCGAGUAGUCGGUGGCCCCCAAGCCCGUGGCCAAGUCAGGGGGGGACGCAACCCCGCAACAUCAGGGGCCCGUGGGGCCCAGCGGCCAGCCGCUCGUGGGGGGGUCCGCGCCAAGGGAAGUUUACCAGGUGAGGAUGCAGGUAAACGAAAGUUUGACGGGGGUCACCAGAACCAGGGGGAAUCUAAACGUCGCUUCCAGAGCAGCUGGGGAAACCAGCCCCUCGCCCAACAACCACUGGGCAAUACGUACGGAUUGGCGAGUGUAAACGGUGGCGGUGGUGGUGGUGGUGGUGGUGGUAGUGGUGGCGUAGGUUUUACUGAUAGACCCGGAGCAACAGGCGCCGCGACUGGUGACGAUCACGAAUGGUAUCAGGACUCAUACAAUUCGUGGAGCUAACUUUCGCCGGUUAUUUUACAAUGUUAACUAUUCACGCAAUCGAAUUGAAAUAUACUGAUUUAUAUAUAUUACUAAAAAAAAUUAAAUAUAUAUAUAUACAUAAAUAUACAUAUAUAUUUUAAUCUAAAUAAUAAUUUCAUGGAAUAAAAUAUUAGGGACGUUUUUACGCCACCGGGCGUUUCAAAUGGGCCUCAAUGACCACGUGCAAAAAAAUUCAUAAGGCAAAAAAAAAAGAGAGAUACAAAGUAACAUUAUAAUAUUUAGAAAAAUAAAUAAUAAAAAUAUGUCAGACGUAACUACACGCUCUGUCAUAAGCAACUUAAUAAUAUUAAUUAUAAAUAAAAAUAUCUGAAGCUCGAUCGCGAGCUUUCCUCUCGCUCGUCGUCAGGGCCGCGAGACUUUUGAAGGAGAGAGAGAAUGAAAAGAAUGAUCCGUUGUUAGUGGGCGAGAGAGGAAGAUUUUUAUUUGAAAUUUUUAAAUUAUGCGAAUUAAAUUAAAAAAAAAAAUUUAUAACAUCAAUCCGUCAAGAUACUGCUUCUUAUCUCGCGAUUAUAUUCGUAAUUGUAAAACUUUAGAUUCUCAUACGUCAAGUGAAUAUAUUUAAUUUAAAAUAAUAAAUUGUAAUAUUAGGAUAUUGAAAAAAAAAAUUGUAAAUGCGCGCGCGAGGUCGUCAUUUAAUGAAGUAAAAAAACAAUAUAUAAAAUUUGCCGAAUUGAAUUAGAAAAUGGAAAAAUAAAAUAAAUAAUAGUAGAUUCAUCUAAAAGUAAAACACGUCAUCAAUAUAUAAUAUAUUUAUGCCACACACUCACAUACCACCGUCGUCCGCCGCGCGCAAAGUUGUUGUGAUUUUAAUUGUACAGUGAUGUGCCACUGGGACUAUUAUUACAUCGGAGUGACCACCCACCCACCCCCGUACUAUUAUUAUUAUAUUGAUAAUAUUUAAUUGUAAUAUCUUAAUCGUAAGGUAACCACUACUGCAUUGUCACAUUGUUUACUGCCAAGCGAGAGAGUGAUUUUAGAAUGUUUAAGAACGCGCAAAUAUGCUUAAAGUUUAUUAAAAAAAAAAAAAAAAAAAAAAUUAUUAUAGUUGAAAAAAAUUAAAAAUUCGGAACAAAAAUUUCUUCUUUAUAAGAAAAAAAAAAGUGAUAUAAAAGCGAUGUUGAUAAUUUUUGGCUUGUGAUGGUUCGUAUUUAAGUUAAAAGCGGUUAUUAAAAAAAAAAAAAUUUUAACGCGUGAUAGCCUGUGGUUGUAGCAGCAAAUGUCUUUCGAAAAAAAAAAAAAAAGAAAAUAACGUUUUGUUUGUUUGUUUGUUUUUUAUUGGAUUAUUAAGAGAAAAGACUACUCACUGCAAGGAUAGGGGCGGGUUUUUAAAUUGAUAAAAGCGUUAGGAAUGAGCGUGAAAGAGAGUACGUUAAAAUUUAUAAGAAUGGAUGUAUGCGAGUGAGCUGACGUUAUAAUGACCACUGAUAAAAAUAAAAUUGUUAAAAAUGUAUGUGGUUAGUCAAAAGCGCGUCUAGAAAUAAGAUAUUAUAAAAAAAAAAAAUCUAAAGUGCAUCCCCCUGAGUGUGCAUGUAUGCGUUAUUGUAAAAGAUUGAGAGAGAAAGCACCUUCAGGUGCCAUUAGACCUCCUAUUGUUGGUCUAUAAUGUGUACAGUCAGUGAAACUAUUAUUAUUAUAUUAAGGUUCAGGAAAGUUUUUCGCGUUAAAAAAAAAACAAUGACUAACUUGUGAUGUAUACAACGAGUUAGUCAUUGUUUUUUUACGCUGAUUAAAUGUCCUUUUACGUUUUGUUUAAUUUUUUUUCUUCUCUUUUUUUUUUUUUUUUUUUUUUUCUUUUCUUAUUAUUUUAUUGAAUGAUAAUAAUAAUAAUAUUGUAUCGCGAUUCAUACGCGAAUGUGAUCAAUUCGAGUUUGAGUAAGAGAUAAAAACUAUUGCUCACAAGUUGAGACUAAAGUUAGAAGAAAAAAAAAAAAAAAAGAAAAAAAAAUUGUCUUAUGACAAAUUUAUAUAGAAAAAAUGAAAAUUGUACAUUUUUAAUAAUCAAUUUCAAUGAAAUAAGUAUUUCCACUCAAAGAGUGAAUACUAUUAUAAAAAUUUUUUAGAUCAUUUCGCUAUAAAUUUAUAAUAAUUACUAUUAUUAAAAUAAUUAUUUAACGCAUUUUUCUACGAGAUGUGAUUUAAAGUUAAAGAAAAAAAAUAUUAAGUCAAACACCUCCCUCAUGUAAAUUGGAUCAAAUCCGAGGUCGAGGUGUUUUUAAAAACAAAAAAAAAUUAUAAAAAAAAAAAAAAGCUUAUUAUAAUAAUAAUGACGUGACUAUUGCGUCUCGAAUUUGUUAUAAUUCGAAAUCGACUGGAAACCGAAUUGAUAAUGAUAGUUACAGAUUGAUAAAAAAAAAAGAAAAAAAAAAUUAAUAAUUAGGUAUUGCUUAAAGCAUAUACGGGAUUAUGCAUGAGAGUAAAGAUAAAUUCAUAUAAAAGAAAAAAAGAAAAAAAAAUAUUUAAAAAAAAAACGAAAAAAACAAAAAAAAACACAUACAAGCGCACGACUUUUUUGAGUGUUGAGACUCGUUGUUAUUGUUAGCCUGUUAGUUAAUUAGUAAGAGUUGUAAGUUGGUCCCUGUCCCUGGAGCCUAAAACAUCCCCCUUGUUCUGGAGAUUUACGAAAAAAAAAAAAAAAUAAAUAAAUAACAAUUACAAACGAAAUGAUUUAAAAACAAAAAAUAACUUAAAAAUGUAUGCAAAUGCUAGUGGAAAAAAAAAUGAUGAUGACAACAAAUAUUAACUAACAAUAAUCUGAAUUAAUUGGACUUGAAAAAGACAGCAGAUUAUAAAAAAAAAAAAAAAAACAAAUUGAAUGGAUUAAUAACGCAGACACACGCACCCGCUGAGAAGUUAAUUUCCGAGUCUUUAAAGAUACAAUAACAAUAACAAUAAAAAAAAGAUAAACAUAAUAACAAAUAAUGCAAACGGAGUUGAAACAACAGACAAUCUAUAGUCCUGUUAAUUUUUACUUUACGAAAAAUUUAUGAUAACUAUUAUCAGAACAAUAAUAAUAAUAAUAAUAUUAACUUACUAUCAAUUUACAUAUUUAAAAAAAAGAUGAAGAUCUUAGUAGUAAAACCGACGACCCCCAGCCCCUCUUUUCACUGGUCUUGUGUCCCCAAAAUAACACCAUCGGAAUAAAACAAUCAGAUAAAGGAUUUGUAUAUGCAGCACAAAUAUGAAAGUAAAACUGAUUUACCCGAGUAAAGAUUUUAAAUCGGUAUGAAAAAGUAAAAAAUAGAAAAAAUACAAAAAAAAAAGAACAUAAUAAGAAUAAAUCAUAAUAAUAAUUAAUUAAAUAAUCAUUAAAAAAUAUUGGCUACUAAACUAACUUUGAUUACAUAUAAUAUUCAUGGAUAAUAUAACAAAGACGUAAAUGUAAAUGGGAUUUGCAUCGUGAGUUUAAAUAUUAAUUGAUGCAUUUUAUUAUAAUCCGAUAAAUGUCUGGAUAAAAAAGAUUUAAAAUAAUAAUAAUAAUCAAUCGCUCGCAAACCCUCUUAUUUAUGAGCAUGUUUUGUUACUUUUUAUUCAUGUUUUACUUAAUUAUAAUCUUGUUUACCCCUGACCGCGAUUACCGUUUUCUUUAUUAUUAUUAUUAUUAUUUUUAUUAUUAUUAUUAUUAUUAUUAUAUUAUUAUUAUUAUAUAUUAGAAGUUAAUAAUCAUCUGAAUUAACGGAAGGGGGUUAGAUCGCAACUAGUUUAUAAUAUUAAUGAUUGAUUGAAUUAAUAAUCCCCCGCAAAAAUAUAAAAAAAAGUAAUAAUUAAAAUUCCUUAUGUAUCCCUGCCUUAUUAAUUAUUAUUUGCCUUCGUAUUAAACAAUAAUCAUUGUACAAGAUCUGUAUUGUCGUGAAAAAAAAUUUUUUUUCUUUUUAUUUUAA